AUGCCGCCCCCAGGGAAAGUCCCCCGAAAGGAGAACCUGGGGCUCCAGUGCGAGUGGGGGUCCUGCUCCUUUGUGUGUUCUGCCAUGGAGGAGUUCUGUGAACACGUCACUCAGCACCUCCGGCAGCACCUGCAUGGCUCCGGGGAGGAGGAGGAAGAUGACGAUGAGGACCCACUUGAGGAAGAAUUCUCCUGUCUGUGGCAGGAGUGUGGCUUCUGUUCCAUGGACAGUUCGGCUGACCUCAUCCGCCACGUCUACUUCCACUGCUACCACACCAAGCUGAAGCAGUGGGGGCUGCAAGCCCUGCAGAGCCAGGCCAACCUCAGCCCCUGCAUCCUGGACUUCCAGAGCCGCAACAUCAUCCCUGACAUCCCUGACCACUUCCUGUGUCUGUGGGAACACUGUGAGAGUUCCUUCGACAAUCCUGAAUGGUUUUAUCGGCACGUGGAAGCGCACAGCCUGUGCUGUGAAUACCAAGCAGUCGGCAAGGACAACCAUGUGGUCCUGUGCGGCUGGAAAGGCUGUACCUGUACCUUCAAGGACUGCCGUAAGCUUCGAGAGCACCUCCGCAGCCAUACCCAGGAGAAGGUGGUGGCCUGUCCCACCUGCGGGGGCAUGUUUGCCAACAACACCAAGUUCUUAGAUCACAUCCGUCGCCAGACCUCUUUGGAUCAGCAACGCUUCCAGUGCUCUCACUGCUCCAAGAGAUUUGCCACGGAGCGGCUGUUGCGGGACCAUAUGCGCAACCACGUGAAUCACUAUAAGUGCCCCCUGUGUGAUAUGACUUGUCCGCUGCCAUCCUCCCUCCGAAACCACAUGCGUUUUCGCCACAGCGAAGACCGGCCCUUCAAAUGUGACUGUUGUGACUACAGCUGCAAGAACCUGAUUGACCUGAGGAAGCACCUGGAUACUCACAGCAAGGAGCCAGCCUACAGGUGUGAUUUCGAGAACUGCAGCUUCAGUGCACGGUCCCUCUGCUCUAUCAAGUCCCAUUACCGGAAAGUGCAUGAAGGAGACUCAGAGCCCAGGUACAAGUGUCACGUGUGUGACAAAUGCUUCACGAGGGGCAACAACCUCACUGUGCAUCUUCGUGAGAAGCACCAGUUCAAGUGGCCCUCAGGGCACCCCCGUUUUCGGUACAAGGAGCAUGAAGAUGGUUACAUGCGGCUGCAGCUAGUUCGCUAUGAGAGUGUGGAGCUGACACAGCAGCUGCUGCGGCAGCCGCAGGAGGGAUCAGGCCUGGGAGCCUCACUGAACGAGAGCAGCCUGCAGGGCAUCAUUCUCGAAGCAGUGCCAGGGGAGCCAGGAGCCCAGGAGGAGGCUGAAGAGGAAGAGGAGGGCGGGAGCAGUGAGGGGACAGGCCUCUCGGCCUCUCCAGACACUCCUAGCCCCAUCAUCCAUGUGGUGAAUCAGACCAACGCCCAAGGCGAACAAGAGAUUGUCUAUUAUGUGCUGUCUGAAGCCCUAGGAGAGCCCCCUCCAGCCCCUGAGCCCCCAUCAGAGGACAUCAUAGAAAAGCUUCAGGGAAUAGCCGAGGAGCCAGAAGUCCGGAUGGUGUGAAGGCAGCGGAGCCCGACCAUUUCCAGCCCAGACCCUAGGUUUUGAGCCAGGCUGGUGGCAGUGCCCCUCAUGGGCAGCCCCGGCCAAUGGAUGCCUUUAAGAGUGGUGCCAAGAGCAGUGCAGUGCACUUGGGACCCAGGUUGCAUCAUUCAGCAGACUCUAAAGACUUCCCUUGUCUGCCAGACCACGUUUUGUGGGGAUCCUGAGGAGUUUGGAUUCUUUGAGAGGGAUGUCCUGGUUGUGUGUGUUCUUGUAGAGGGGCUUUCACCCCCUAGUCAUGCUGAAAUGGUGACUAAAAUCCUCUGUCCGUUCACACCUAUUCCCAUCUUUAGAGGUCUGUAGGUCCAGGGGUGCCACGUGACUGGUCCGUGCAAGGGCCUCUUCCUCACAACUGGCCAAGGCAGCGUGAACCAGGCAGUCCUUUCCCUCUGAAGGGCUCCUACAACCCCAAGGACUUUUCUGGUUAUCCUCAGGGAAGGGAGUGGAGGCACUGAGUGUACGUGUAACAGUUGUUUGGGUAAUAAAAGAAACACUUCGGCAGUUA